CUCUCUCACACUGCCUGAACAUCAUUUCUAGGAGUUCCGCGCGGAGUUCUUGGAUCCCGCGGAGCUCCGAUGACUUAUGCUCAAGCAUUGUUUUUUUCUUCGAGCCCUCUCUACCCAGUCGCGCCGCUGUCCCCGUCGAGCCCAAAAUCGGAGCGUCGGGAUCUUCGCGUGCUCGCGCUGAGACCCGCAAAGAAUCUAGUGCCAGAUGUAGACGGCGGCCUGCGCUUGUCGGCGCUGCUCGCCCCCCAUGUGCGGUCAGAGGCAUAGAAGGCUCACGCUCGAGACCGCGAGCCGAAAAUGGUUCAAACAAAAAGCCGGGGCACACGUGCACGGCGCGGUGUGACGCCGCUCUCCAGCGUCCGGCGCUCGUGCCACGGUGGAUGGCGGCCAGGGGUGCGGGGCACGGCGAGGAGGAGGGAGAGGCGAGAUGAGGAGGAAGAGGACAGCAGGCGGCGGGAGAGUCGUCGACUGCACGGCGCGGCGGACGCAGCGGCGUGCACCCGGCGCAACCCGAAACUGCCAGCCGAGCGGGCCGCGCAUCGAGCUCUGGCCCGCGCGGCGCUGGUAUUAGGCAGCGCGGGCCAUCAAGGUUCCGCGCCGCACAGGAACUCUUGGCACUGGAACGGAGAGGAAUGCCACGGGCCCAAGCUCUCGAGCUGCCCGCGCGGAUACUUCCCGGGCAGACGCGGGACCCCCCCCAACCCCACGUCGACGCCCCUCCCCUGGCGCGCAGAGCGCACCGGGGGUCGGUGCCGCCAGGGGGCGCGACGGAGUGUCGAGCGCGGGCCCGAGAAACCCGCGCGGGCCUCCGAGAGCCCAUGCCUGUGCUCGGGUGCUGCCCUCUAA